AUGGAUUCUAUUUUAGGAAAAGACCUUACUAAUUAUACUAUUGCACGUUAAUUUAAAUUAAUCAAGAAAAUUGGAUCUGGAGCUUUUGGAGAAAUAUAUUUGGUCUAAUCUUAAUCUAAAUCUGAAUAUGCCAUGAAACUGGAAAGAAGUGAUAACAAACAUCCUCAAAUAUUCUUUGAAGCUAAAUUAUACAAUUACCUUUAAGGACAGGAUUAGUAUGAUAAAGGUAAGUUUAUUGUGUAAUUCAAAGGAAGGCAUUCCAAAAAUUCAUGAUUAAGGAGUGGAUGGCGAUUACAAUUACAUCGUCAUGGAUCUCUUAGGACCAUCCCUUGAAGAAUUAUUUAAUAAAAAUCAGAGGAAACUAUCACUUAAAUCAGUUCUCAUGCUGGCAGAUUAGUUGGUUUAACGAAUUGAGUACAUACAUUCAAAAUAAUUUAUACAUCGCGAUAUCAAACCAGAUAAUUUCUUAGUGGGAGUGGGCAGUAAAAGUUCUAGACUUUAUGUUGUCGAUUUUGGUUUGGCCAAAAGAUAUAUAUCCAAAGAAGGACACAUCCCUUAUAAGGAAGGGAAAAGUUUAACUGGAACUGCCAGAUAUGCUUCCAUUAACACACAUGUGGGUUUAGAAUAAUCUAGAAGGGAUGAUCUAGAAUCUCUUGGCUAUGUCCUCAUGUAUUUAUUAAGAGGACAAUUGCCGUGGCAAAAUAUGAAGGCCUCCAAUUAAAAGGAGAAAUAUUAAAAAAUUAUGGAAAAAAAACAAGAAACAACACCUGAAUAAUUGUGCAAAGGCUUUCCUUAUGAACUGACUCAAUAUUUGUAGUAUUGCAGAAAUUUGAAAUUCGAAGACAAACCUGAUUAUAACUAUAUUAGAAAUCUAUUCAAAGUAUUUAUUUUACUGACUAUUUUAGGAAGCCUUCAGAAAACAAGGUUUUGAAUGGGAUUAUAAAUUCGAAUGGAUUAAAGAUGAAAUUAUAAAGGAGGAGAAGUUCAUAGGAGUGGCUAUUCCCCAAAAAACAACAGACAUACCCACAACCACUAAGCAAAGUAAUUUUCAAACCAUCAGAGCCCCCUUACUUAUGCAAUAUUAAUCUAAAAUAACUUAAUAGACAUCUUAAGAGAAAAAACGUAAUUCCUCUUAUAGUAAGAACAAUAAUCUAAACAAAUAAAUGACUGGACUACUUGCACCUAAAAUUAAUACCAACAAGGACAGAACUAGAAAAUAUUGA